AGCAUGUUGAUGUUACAGUUUCAUCAGAAAGAAUUUCCGCAAAAUACUUAAUGUCAUAUUUCUAAAUUCCAUUUAUAUUCUUUGUUAACUUUUAUAUGUCUUGUAUUUCUGUAUAAAGUCUUAAAUCGGGAAGUUUUUGCUUAUUAUAAGUUAAAAAUGGAUAAAUUAAAGGAAGGAAACCUAAAGAAUGUCGACGUGGCUGACUUUGCCGAGAAAACCGUUGCAGAUGAAAUUAAAGAGGAGCAAGAAGAGGAAGAGGAUGAGGAGGCAUUGCCACAUUCUGAAUUUCUUGACAUCUUCGAGGAAGGCUUGGCUCUGAUAGUGCAGGACCCUUUACUGUGUGACCUGCCAAUUCAGGUCACAUUGGAGGAGGUGAACUCUCAGGUGGCUCUGGAAUACGGUCAGGCCAUGACUGUUCGUGUUUGUAAGCCUGAUGAAGAAGUCAUGCCUAUCGUGGUCGUGCAGUCUGCUACGGUUCUGGAUCUCAAGAAAGCCAUUCGCAGAUAUAUGGAGCUGAAACAACAGCGAGAGGGAGGUGUCAAGCACAUCAGCUGGAAAUAUGUGUGGAGGACAUUUCAUUUGGCCUUCAACGGAGAGAAAUUAGAAGACGACGAGAGAAAGCUGAAGGACUACGGGAUCAGGAACAGAGAUGAAGUGACGUUUUUGAAGAAACUAAAGAAAAAAUGAACACGGACAAUCUCCAGUUAUUAUUUAUCACUCUAAUUUGUAAAUAGUCGAGACAUUUAAAGGAAUAGUUCAUCCAAAAAGUAAAAACUCAUGGCGUUCCAAACACUUUAUGUUGUUGUUUUCUGUGGAACAAAAAAGGGAAAAUGUUGAUUUUUUUUUUUUGCCCCAAAAUGCUUUUUAACCUCUCUUUUCCACACAACAACAUUUAAGUGACCACACUGCUGUCUAACUUUUAAAAAAUCAAGCAAAGGAAAGAUUUUUAGUUGAAUAACAACCUAAAUUUUGUAUGAUUUCAGGAGAUUUGGAAUAGUGUACAAGCCAUAUGGACUAGUUUUAUGUUUAUUAGUUUAUAGUUUUUUGUCCUUUUUGGAACUUGGCAGCUGUGGUCACCAUGAACUCUGGACAAUGUCCUUCAAGAAUUCACCUUUUUUUUAUUUCACUAAACAAACAGACAGCAACAACAAAACAAAAACAGAAACCCAAUAUGUCAUGCAAAUACAAAUGUUAGGCAAGGAUGCAAAUGUUGGCUAGGCCUACUUGAUGAACUUGAUGUUAUUAAUAUACAUAUUGUACAUAAACUCACUGUAACUACAUGUCUUAUGAAGGUCUUUAAAGUCACAUUUGUGGGAUUUUAUGUUGCUUUUACAUUGAUCAAAAUACUUAAAUCGGAACAUGAUUAAAAUACAAGUUGUUUCUAA